AAUAUUAACAAAUUAAACUUAUUAACAAAAUUAUUUUAUUAAUUUAUCAACGAAUCAUAAUAAAAUCUAAAUUUAACCAAACUGAAUAAAAACUUUAAACCCCAUAAAAGAAUGCAACUUCUAGCGACGACUGCAGGAUGUAACCUAACCCUACGAGAUAACAAAAAGAAUGUAAGAGAAAGACCACAAAACUGCAUGAAUUCAAAAGGUAUUAUUUUAAAACUGUAUGAAAAUCCUAACAAAAAAUUAUAAUAUAAUUAAUUUAAAAUAUUAAAAUUAAAAUAAUUAAAGAAUCCACUUUAUUCGAAUUUUAGGAAUCCUAAAAUUAACGAAUUAUAUUUUUGACAAAUCAUUUUCUACAUACUUUUUGAACAAUCGAAUUAUUCAGCAGUUAAAAUAACAUUGUAAAUUAAAAAGGAGAAUAAAUAAUAGAAUUGAGAUUUUAAACAAAGAAAUGAAAUUAUUCCAACGACACUAGAAGUUGCAGGUAACAUAAUCCUUAGAAGAUAUGAUAAGAAAUGAGUGCACGUGCACUCAAGUACGAAAUAAAGCUAUGACUAAUUUAAUAUUAUAAUAUAUUCAAAUCAUAUUAAAUACAGCGUAAAAAAAAUUCAAUUGUAAAAAACAUUUAUUUAUUAAAAAUCAAUGAAACCAAUUUAUGUUCUAAUAAAAAAUUAAUAAUUCAAAAUUUACAAAUUCUUCGAAUUUUUAUAGACAAAAUAAAAAUAUGUCUGUUUAAACUUUAUUGUUUUAAAUUUAUAAAUUGUAACUAAUAAUAACAACGAACUAUGUAUAAACAUUAAUUCGAAAACUUCUACACAAAGCGAAAAGAAAAUGCGAACAUCAGCAACCAAGUCGUGAGAGAAACGUAAAAAGGUAGGGGAAGUUCUCAAACUUAGAGACUGUACGCGGGCUGUGCAGCAGGCCCAACAGCCAGUUCCUUCUUGAUUCUCGAGUCGGUCACACAUAUUUAUUUUACUCGCCGGGCAUUCAAAAAAGUGUAAAAAUUUAAAACUUUCAAAUAAAUUGUGAAUUUAUUUCAUGUAUUAAUUGUUGUGUGUGUUAUUAUUAUUUAUUGAAGUGAACCCAACCUUAAAAAUAAAUAAGGAUAAUUUUGUUGAAUUUUUCGCAAUCAUAAAUUAAUCAGUGACAUUAAAUACAUCUUAAACAUUGACGAUUAAAACAAAAAUAAAAUUCUAAAGAAACCUAAAUUUAAAGUUUUGUGCAAAAUUUAUUAAUUUCAAAUCAAAAUUAGUGACGCAAACAUUGAACAUGUUCAGUUUCGUUUAAAGUAAACUUUGGUAAUAAACAAGAAAAAAGGGAUAUAAAAAAAAAAUAUUCAAAAGAGGAUUAAAGAAGGCGUUUUUGGGAAUCUUCAGUCCGAUCAACGGCCGGAAUUUGGAUUAACCCUCGACUUAUCAUCUGGAAAGGACAUCAAAAAAGAAAAUGUUCUUCAUAUUCUUUGUACCUUUCAUUGUUUUACCUGUCAGUGGUCUUACCGGAUAUGAUUGCAGUUUUAAGAAAUCCCCGAACAUAACAACAAUCUCGCUACGUCAUGUUGGAGAUUGCAAUUUCGACAACCUCGUUCCCAAAUCUGAAAAACAUUAUAUAAAUUUGCUACAAAAGGGAGAAUAUGGAACAACAUUUACUCGACAGUGUAAAAUAAAGGUAACACGGAAAGGAUACUACUGCGGUAUGCACUCACACAUAGCAUUAACAAAUGAUGUUAAUAAAGUUUAUAUUUUAAAAGUUUCGCGCGAGGCAUGCGACGACAUGCAUCGAUUUGGCCAGUUUAAAUAUUAUGAAACAGUAAUCGAUAAUCUUGAAAUAAAUAAGACGAAUUUUAGAAAUAUAAAUUUAAAAGGGAUAGUCUUCGAAAAUUCAAAAUGUGAAGGUGAAUUGUUUGAAUCAAAACCAAACUUAGUCGUUCAAGCUGAUUUAGAAAUUUCUUUAUAUUCUUAUGAAGCUACUAUAAAAAUGAGUGAAGAUAUUAUAAUUUUGCAAUCAAAUACUCAAUGUGUUUUAUCAACACAACAUUGUAUUGAUCACGACAAUGCCUAUACCUAUUGGGAAAAACCAGAAAAUACCUUAUGCAAUUUUAAUUCCUAUGCGAUCCUCUUCCAAGGAUAUUCUUCCAAGACCCAAGAUACGAACCUCCCCACUAUAUAUUUUACAAACUCUACAGACAAUAUGAAAUUUGCUUUCACAGAUAUGGGAACAGAGACAAUUUGCGGAAUGACACUAAGAAAAACCGAACAAUCUAAAAUUUAUAUUUUUGAAACUACCUUGAAUAAUCCUUUUCCAACCAAAAAUUAUAGAGUGAACAUUAAAGAUAUUUCCCUUACAGCUUAUUUUAAUACUAAACUUAUGUAUAUGUCUCAUCAUCUUAAAAUCGAGAUUAAUACACUUUAUAAAGAUAUUAUAACACAGAGAUGCAAACUUGAAAGACAAGUAAUAAAAAACUCACUUUCACAAUCCUCCCUCAAUCCAGACGAAUUUUCGUAUACUAUAAUGAAAGAACCUGGUUACAUGGCAAUUUUCGCCGGAGAAGUAGCACACCUUAUCCAAUGCCAAAAAGUUCCCGUUAAAUUACGUCCCACCAACAACACUUGCUAUACAGAAUUACCAGUUACUUAUAACAAUAUAUCGCUCUUUUUGACUCCAAAAUCUAGAAUAUUGACUACAACAGGAAACCAAAGAGACUGUAAUAGACUCUUGCCUACAACUUUUGAAAUAGACGGAAAAUGGUACAUGCUAUCUCCUCAUCCUUCUCCCGCCGAUCCUCCACAAAUUUUACAACCCUUGAACAAACCCACUUGGAAAUACACUGACCCGGGCGAAUUAGCAAAAAGUGGUAUUUAUUCAGAUGAAGACUUAGAUCAAUUUAAAAAUGCUAUAAUGUUCCCUAUAACGAAACCCGCUAUAUUAAAUCAAAUUGCUAGAGGUGCAUCCGGACAUGACGUAGCUACAGACAAUUUAGACAUGUUAAAUUUAUUAGAUGAAAAGACUUUAGAUAAAUUUGCCGAAAAUGCAAUGACGAAAGUUUGGUCAUAUUUUUUGAAAUUUGGAUCUUUUAGUGCUGGAUGUAUAGCAGUAGCAAUAAUUCUUGGUUUGAUUAAAUAUGCUGUCAAUGUUCUAUUUCACGGUUAUGCACUAUACCGAAUUUAUGGUUUCGGAAUAAAACUGAUUGCCGCAUUUGUAAGUGGCAUUGCAAAUUUUUUAAUCCAUUUAGGUACAGACAACAUCAAAAAGAAAGAAAAAAAAUCAAACAAUGACGAAGAAAAUCCGCCCCCUUCUACGUUCCCACCUUCACCCCCCCAUGCGCCUCCUCCUACACCUUUACUAAAUUCCCCACCAAUUGUCCCACCUAGGAAUCCUCAAAGUCCCGCAUAUCCAAAAUUAAAUGUCUGAAUAUAAAAAUUUUUUAUUUCCUUUAAUUUUUGGUUGCUUACCAAAAUUCAUAACAUACAUUAUCCAAUAAAAAAAAAAAUAUGUUAAAUUUCACAUUCAAAUAAAAAAUUCAUCUUCACAUUUAGAAAUCUACUUAUUUCAGAACUACAAUCUUGUCGAAAAUAACUAAUUGUUUAUUCUCGACGAAUAAGAAUAUAACAAGAAUAUUCAAACGACAAAAUUAUAAUGUUAUGAAUAUUAAUAAAAUUAUGUUAAUCAAGUAUAUCUAAAUAA